ACGAAAAUCAAGCUAUCGAGCAAACUUCUAUCGACCAUAAAAACGGUGCACUUGGUAAAAAAUCAAAUCAUAAUUUUUGUAAACGGUGUAGCUAUACAUUUAUUCCAGUGUGUAGUAACUACAUGUACAGUUCAAGUUCAACAUGCCAGAAUUUGAUUUUUCCAAUGACAUUGAGUGGCCAACACUUAAUGAAUCAGCCAAUGGUAAGCUGGAGGAGAUCAGUCGUCCAGAGACAAACCUAGUUGAAACUGGAGAAGAUGAGGGGCAACAGGUGAUUGAGUCAGCCAAUGGUAAGCUGGAGGAGAUCAGUCGUCCAGAGACAAACCUAGUUGAAACUGGAGAAGAUGAGGGGCAACAGGUGAUUGAGGAAUGGUGUCCAGUCUCUAAAAGAAGACAAGCAAGAAAGAAAAGUGAUAUUAAACAAUUUGCUGGAUCAGUCAUCAUUAACAAUGAGGGGACUUUGGUUGUUUCAAAACCAGGAGGAUGUAUAUUUACAAACAUCAACAUUCCUCAUAUACAAGCUGGUGGUGGAAGGAACAAAGGAGAAAAAACAAGAAUAGCUCAGCACAAGGAGAUGAAUGACAAUGAUGUUUCUGAAUUUCAACUAACAAUUCUUCAAAUAGACAGAAAAGACAUCUACGGGUCAAGAAGAAAGAUGUUUUUGCAUACACCAUUUCUUGUGAAAGUAUGGUUCACUUAUUUUAUGAAAAUACUCUUGUACAGCUGAUCUGAUUUCUGUUUUCUCGUUAUAUACGAGGAUAUUCAAGUUUCUUUUUUAAAUACAGGAUUUAUUUUCAGUAGCCACCAGUGAAAUAUGAUAAUUUUCAUACCACAAGGUGAAAAUAAAUCCAGUAUUAAUAGAAAAGACUUGAAUUUUCUGUUUAAUAUAUACUUUUUAUCUUUUUUAACCUUAUGAGUAAGAAGAAUUCCUUUUUAAUUUUGUGAAUUGGCUGAAUCUAGAAAAAAGAAGUGAAGCAAGACACCAGUGAAAAUACAAAAAAAUAUGUUUCACUGGCAUGAAAAAUGAAUUUUCAACUUGAAAUUUAGGAAAAUAAAAAUAUGCAUUUUAUUUCAUCAAUAUUUCUCAGUUAUUCUUUUAUAAGUAUAUAAUAAAUGUUUUUAUUAUACCGACACCAGCUAGAUGUGAUAUUCUGAAAACAGAGGAUCACAAGCAAGGAGCUCCAUUGAGAGAGAUCUAAAAGUCUAGAAACAUAAUAUCACAAUUAUUACAGGGAUAGAUCUAUUUGGUCUUUUAGAUUAAUUUAAAUAGAUCAAAAAUAUGCAAAUUAUGAUAAAUAUGUUACAGUUAAAUUUGAAUGCAAGAUUUGAUUUUUUUUACUUUUUACAUUAUAAAAGGCUUGUUAAAUUAACACAUUUCUAUGGUACCAACAAUUCAAGAGCUCAAAAGAUUCAAGUUCAUUCAUGUCUUCAACAGCAGCAUAAUUGGAUGACCAGGCCUGCCCUUCAGAACGUUGCUAGGUUUAAAUGCCUAUUAAUAAUGUUCUGAUUUGACAUUGAUAUUUUUUGAUAUCACUGAAGUUGGAACAGCUGAUAUUUUUUUUAAACUAUUGAAAUGGUUUUAUGUAAAAUUUUCAUCUUGAUGUGUAAACAUUAUACAUAUAUAUGUAUAUGCAAAUAUAUGUAUAUAUAUAAAACAGCAUACAUUUGAGUAAUAUCUGUAAGAAAGUUACAAUUGCUGUCAUUGCAGUCAAUGAUAUGUUGAGAUUUUGCAGUGUUUAAAUAUAUAUUAUUUUUAUUUUUCCUUUUCAUUCCAGCAAAUAUUUUUUUUUCUAUUUUAGGAGCAAUGCAUAUUUAAUUAAAAAAGAUACUGUUAAGUACAUUUAAUGAAAGUACAAGUGUUAUUGUUUUUUUUUUGUGUUUUUUUUUUUAAUUUUACUACUUUGUCAUGAGAGAAUAAUGUAAAUUUAAGAAUGUUAAUACUGUAUAAUGUACUGUAGUUCAUAUAUUUUUUUUUUCUAAUGUAUGCAUAUUGAAAAAAAAAUCUGUUCCUUUGUUAUUUGUCAGACAUAUCUAAUUACUUGCAAAAUUAGUUGAUUAACCCAUUAAUGCAUGAGCAUAUUGUGAAAAAUGACUAUUUUCAUUGAAAAGCCUCCUGUUACAAGUUCAAAUUACUAUGGAACUAUUAAAAAGGCUUCAAUAUUGUUAAACUUGGCACAUAUGUUGAAUGGCUGGCAUACUCAAUCUGAAAUUUCCUGUUCCCAUUGCAACAAGGGGACAUCUCAAAAUUGCCAAAAAUCGCACUAUUUUGAUUUGAUUUUUCCAUCAAAACUGGUCUCAAAGUGAUGCAACUUCUCAUUGGAUUGAGAUAGAUAGAGUCAAAGAUUUUUCAGUGCUGGUUACACUUACCUUAAGGUAAUGUCAUUGGUUAAGAUAAUGAUGAUACUUUACUUUUUCCAGUUAUUGAUUACUAUAUAUUGAUUACUAUGAAUAAUUGAUUGAUAAUGAUAAUUUUGAUUAAAAGUCAUCAUUAUUAUUUAUACUUUUAGUUAAAGCAAGUGUUCAGAAAUUUGAUACUGUAAUUUAAAUAAAUAUAUAAUGGACUGUACAAUGCAUUUUUGCCAAUAACAGGUAUCAAAUUCAAAUUAUCUUUUAUGUCUUUAAUCCUGUACAUGUUGUCACCUGUAUCAUGUCUGUCUGUUGUAUUGUAUCAAAUGAUAACUGUUCUAGCAUAAUAGAUGAAGGGGUUAUUUUUAGCUGGGAGAACUUUGACUGCACUGCUAACAGGACAUGAUAUUAUAAUAAUCAGCUCAUACUCAAGACUUCAAUUCUGGAGAAAAAAUAACUUUAACAUUUUGUGCAACAACAAAAAACCAUGAACAGGUGUGAAGUAUUUGUUUAUUUUGGUAGUCAUUUACCUGUAAGUGUUUUAUUUUAUGUAUCUAUUUAUCUAAGGUGUACCUAUUGCCUGACAGAUUGCAUAAAGUUAGAUUACUAGCAAUAUAUGUUGAUGAAUUGAUGAAAGUUGUCAAAAUAAUGUAUGAUAAAUAUUAAUGAGAACCUCUUAAUAAUGGAAAAUAUUAAUACAUUAUUAAUGAUUGAAUUAAUUUUUUUAUGAUUAACUCAUGAUAAUGUAAUACAUGUAUGAUAUAAAUUAAUGUGUGAUUGAUCUCUCUAUGUUACCUUUUUAUAAUGUCAUAUUAACAUCUGUAUGAAAAUAUAAUAAGUAUGUUUUGGAAAUAUUUAUAAUUGUGAUAGAAUAAUUUAUUGAAUAAUAAACACAUGAAAAGGA